CAACAGCUUUACUCAUUCUUCUAUUAUUUCAUAUGUUAUCCUCUCCUUGCCGUCUUCUUGCAACGAGCAGUUCAUCAGCGGUGAUUCCUACCACUGCAAUUCAAACAGCGACGCGCUUCUGCCGCGCACUGACCAACUGUGGUUCUUUGAGAGGCACUGUACCCCUUACUCGUCUGCCCGGCGUUGCUAGCAAGAAUUCAUAUAAGAUAACAUACACAUGUAGAGAUUGCUCAACUAAAGGAGCGUGGAUGAUUUCUAAGCAUUCGUAUCAUCACGGCAUGGUUGCAGUACAGUGUCCGGGGUGUGGCGAGGCUCAUCUGAUCUCUGACACGCUGGGGUGCUUCGCGGGGAUCCCUCGUACGGACGCUCUGAGGAUUCGCGAGAAGCUUGAGGAUCUCAUCAGUAGUAGUGCGACGAUUUACUCGGACGUUCGUGGUCAUCGUGAGGCACUUCCGGACAUUCAAGUCGAAGGACUCGACGAACAUGAGCUCAAGAGACUGCAGUUGCAGAUUAUUGAGGAAAUGCAAGAAGAGCAAGAUUAGACUUGGCGCUUGCCUACUGUGAAUAUCACGUUGCUGUGUUAUAUAUUCUAUUCCCACUGUCCAUGUGUCCAGCUAGUAUCGGCACCUGUUUCCUAA